AUGCAUGUGGAGAGGCUUAUCUCCGCCUCUGUAGCGAGUGGUGCUGAGGUCCGUAUCGGUGGCAAUCGUCAUGUUAGCGAUACGGGCAAAGGUUUUUUCUUCCAGCCGACUGUACUUGCCUCGUGCACACCUGAAAUGCCCUGUUGUCAGGAGGAAAUUUUCGGACCUGUUGUUCCUGUGAUCAAGUUUACUGAUGAGGCAGAAGUAAUUCACCUGGCCAAUUCCACACAGUACGGUCUUGCUGGCUACAUGUUUACUUGCGACUUAGCGCAAGCCUGGCGAGUUUCUGAACACCUUCAAGUCGGCAUGCUUGGCGUGAACACCGGCCGCUUUAGUGCUGCCGAACUGCCCUUUGGCGGUAUCAAGUAUUCUGGUAUCGGACGAGAGGGUGGGCCUUGUGCACUUGAGCAGUUUAUGGACACACGCAGUAUAGUCUGGCACUGA